AUCCAUCCACUCCAUCCACCAAAGGCUGACCUUGGAGGACCUUAUCCUGCUGCGGAGAUGAUCUGUAACCUGCUUCUGUCCUGCUCUGUCCUCCUGCUGUCCUGCAGUCGUCUGCUAGCACAUCCCGUUACAGACACAGCUGACAGGACUUACAGCGGCCUUGAUUCAGUGGAGUUAGCCGGAGUCAUCAGCCCAGAUGAUUUCACCGUCUCUGAUCUCAAUGAUCUCCUGCAGAGGGCAGCCGUCGUGGGAUAUCCCCCACUGCUCAGCAGAGAGAGUACCAAACUGUCUGGACAGAUUCCCAAAGAGGCUCUAAGAGAGUUUCUGUCAGAAAAAGCGUAUCGCCUCAUCCCUCCCAGCGGACUGUGGGGAAGCAGGAGACAGUUCAGGAAGAGAGGUGGCAAUGCAGACUGCUUCUGGAAAUACUGUGUUUGAGCCAUUCAUGACAUACUGAACUGAGGGACAGGGCUUU